AUGUACAAUAGUCAUUCUCCACGGCUUCCUCUACCUAUUAUUUCUUUCCUUCCAUCCUUCCUUCCACCUAUAAGUUAUUUCUUCUUUAUUUUCUUCCAUCUUUCCUUCCACCUAUCAUUCCUUUCUUCUUUCUUUCCUUCCUUUCACCUAUAUUUUCUCUCUUCUUUAUUUUCUUCCAUCCCUCCUUCCACAUAUCCUUCCUUUCUUCUUUCUUUUCUUCCAUCCUUCCUUCCACCUAUCAGUACUUUCUCCUUUAUUUCCUUCCUUCCACCUAUCAGUCAUUUCUUCUUUCUUAUCUUCCAGAUUUCCCUCCCCCUUUCAUUACUUUCUUCUUUCUUUCCUUCCAUCCUUCCUUCUAGCUAUCCUUCCUUUCUUCUUUCUUCCCUUCCACCCUUCCUCCACGUCAUUCCUUUCUUCUUUCUUUCCUUCCAUCCUUCCUCCACGUCAUUCCUUUCUUCUUUCUUUCCUUCCAUCCUUCCUUCUUUCCCACUGUCAUUCCUUUCUUCUUUCUUUCCUUCCAUCUUUCCUUCCACCUAUCCUUCCGUUCUUCUUCCUUUCCUUCCAUCCUAG